AUGAUGAAGGAAAACAGCUUGAGGAAACCAAAAUCCGUCACCCAGGAAUCGAUUUUAGAUACUAAAACAAAGGCCGUGGAAUUGCAAACAAAAUUAGACCUCAUUAUUACUGGAGACAUAACGGUUGAGGUAAAGAAACGCGGGAAAUCAUUUUCCGGCUCGAUUUUAAUUAGAGGAAGUGCAUUGGGCACAGCUUAUUACAACUAUGAUUUUAAAACUGAUGCCAAUGGUGUGACGCACUUCGAAGUAAGCCCUGAAACCAUCUCCUGCCAACCCAUUAAUGAAGCGGUAAUUAAAUUAGGCCCGGAACUUCUAGAAUCUCUAAGAACAGAUCCGGAUAUUCAACCAGAGAGGGAAAAAAUAAAGUCGAAUUCUGCUGACAAGGGUAAUAGCCUGGUCUGUGCGAUUGUCGAAAAGGCAUAUGUGACAGUAGUACAUAACAUACGAGCCUCUGCUAAAAUACUGCCCAAAGACGCAUUCUUGAAGGGCGUGUGA